GCAUGAUGCACGGCUGGUGGACGCUCGCCGCUCUCCUCGUAGCGUCGGCGCACGCGGUCGUCUGGUCCUCUAGCACCAACCGCCCAACGCACGCCUAUCCUGUCUACACGUAUCCAGACAACUUGGAUCUAUCCACGUCGUUUCCGGUGUCGCUGGCGCGUGGCCAGGACCUGCUGCUGCCGAUCAACCCGUUGCGCCACGCGCUCUUCCCAGAGGCCGAGACCACGCCGACGGCGCUUGGCUUUUCCAUUGCCACGUGCUCGGGCACGGUCCAAGUAUCGCUACUGCUGGCCGACAACUCGACGCGAUCGCUCUCGAUGCAGGUCUCGCAGUGCUUUACGUUCCUUCUGGAGCCCACGCUAUCGUCGCCGAGCCUCUGCCCGCUCUACUUGGGCGCCGACGAGCUCUAUUGCACGAUCGAUCCGCAUUCGAUCCAAGGCGUGCUGCUCAUGGCCGACGACGACGUCGACGCGCAUGCCCACGUCCGUCUUACGUCAUCGCACGUCUUCCCGGGCUACUCGUCGCUGCUUAUCGACGACGGCGCACUCGCCUUUGCACUGCGCAUGCAGGCCGACAACGUCUCGGGCGUGGCCGAGUUCUCGCCGGCUGCGCUCGUCGACCUUGCCGCCACCACACGCGCGCCUUGCGUCAACUGUUCGUACUCGCUUCUUGCCGUACCGACAGCAGCCAAUGCGUCUAUAUCGACUCGAGCGUUUGGCUGUCUUGCUGCUGACGCGAUCGCACUGCAGCUCGCCCCCAGUGCGCAAAAUGGCAAUGUGACCAAGGACGUGGCGGCGCUCGGCCGCCUCGUGCCAAGUUCGGGGUGGUACACUGUCUACCUCGCUGCGCAGCAUGCCGGUCCGUCGCAGACCAUGGUGUACCCGCCUGUCAAGCUCUACGUGGCUCACCCUCCGCUUCACCUCGCAGUCUACCUCGGGCUUGGGAUCGGAGUUGCGGGCCUUCUGGGCGCAAUGGUGCUUGCACGACGCCGGUACCGCCGUCACCGUGGCAUUGGCCGGGGUGACACCCACCACCUCUUGAGCGACGACGAACUCGACGGCGAUCGAGGCGAGUUUGUGGGGCUGCUCUCCAACACCCCAGUCGCCACCGCCAAGCGUACGGUGCAUGCUGCGGACGUUGGGAACGAAGGCUUUGACGACGACGACGACGUUCUUUCCCGCUACGACGAGAUCGAAGGACAUGUCUAGCUCUUUUAUCUCUUGUAUGAGCGGCUAGUAUGGUUUGUAUGAGCGGCUAGUAUGGUUGAGUACACUUUUUUGUGAAUUGUGGCACCAACAAAUUUGUCUAUCACGCCAUCACACUCUAAAACUGUCCACCAUUCAAAAAUGAAUCAAACUUUGCCUUGUG